UGAGAGACAGGAGAACUCGUACGUACUAGCUUGUACUGAAGAGCACAAGAGAGAAGACAAGGGUCGCGGGAGAAUCGGUAUAGCAUCCAGAAAAUCAAGUGCCUUCGCUUCUUAGACCAAGAAAGCUUCAACAAAUGGGAGACAUCGGUCAAUUAGCAAGGCCUAUAAGUCGAAUCGAAAAUUUGUGCCAGGAGAUUUUAAUUCAAAUUCCAGAUGAGUUGGAGAGUAGCUUUCGGUCUGAGCAAUGUAUCUAUAGAGUUCCUGCUGCACUUCGUGAUUUAAAUAAAGCUGCCUUCACUCCUCUAGUAAUUUCUAUCGGCCCUAUUCACCAUAAUAACAAGAAACUGAAGGCUAUGGAAGUUCAGAAACGGAGAUAUCUGAAAGACUUUUUCGAACUGCGAGUGGAAAAGGGGAAAAGAAGAAUACUUUUGACUGCACUUUUGAGCACCAUUUCAGAAAAAGAAGUCGACAUCUGCCGUCGCUAUGUAGCUGAUACCUCCGAGUUUAACUCGAAGCUUAGCGGCGAUCAGUUUGCGAAGAUGGUUCUGGUAGACGCUGUAUUCAUCUUCGAGCUCUUCUUGAGGAAUGAAGAAUACCUGCGUGAUAACAGCAAAUAUCAAGACGAUUUUAUAAUAGGUAAACCCUGGUUGAGAGCCGCGAUUCGAAGAGACUUGAUAUUGCUUGAAAAUCAGCUGCCAUUCUCAACUCUUAAUGAAUUAUAUGAGCUUGCGACGAGCACAGCCGAUUGCUUUUCUCUCAUGGAUCUUUCCUUCCGGUACUUUGAGAAGUACAAAAAGAAAUCCAAGCCCAGCAAAACAAUACUACAUUUCACUGAUUUGGUGAGAUGUUUUCUAUCCUUCAAGCACCCGGAUUUAAAAUUAGAAAAGGGAGGGCCGAUAAAAACACUUUAUAGCGCAACCAUGCUGCAGCAGGCAGGAAUUAAGUUCAAGGCGUUGCCAGACGAAUCGUUGCUUGACAUUAGAGCCUGGGAACCUCUCUCAAAAGAGGAACGGAUCUUAGAAAAGAAAGGUGAGUUACAUAUGCCUCCCCUUGAGAUCGACAACAACACCGAAUGUCUCCUCCGAAACCUCAUGGUGUUCGAGCAGUUACAUUAUCCAGGAGAAGAGCACAUUUGCCGUUACGUUAAGCUACUAGAUUCUCUCGUGGACGUCGACAAAGAUGUCUAUUUGCUCAUCGAAAAUAAAGUUAUUAUUAGCAAGCUAGGUGACAGUGAUGCUGUGGCGAAGCUUAUUAACACGCUUUGCCGAGAAAUGGUAGAAAUAUCUUCCAGUUUCGAUCCCCUCUCCAAACUGCUGAAUGAUUACUAUGAAAGCUCCUGGAACAAAAACAGGACCUACUUGCUAAGUGUGUACUUUAAAAAUGUUUGGAUAGGCACUGGAACUGUUGUUGGAUCUCUCAUCUUGGCCAUCGCUGUGACACGGUUCAUCCUAUACUUUGUACGCUGGUCUUUAAGUUCUUAGAAAAGAGAGGCUUGAAUCCAAACCUUUUAAUGCUAUUUGUGCUAGAUUCUUAUGAUUUA